AUUCACACUUUACGCUUAUUUUCGCUCACGCUAUUUUAUAAUAUGAACUUUUUUUAUUCAAUUAUAUGGAUCACUUUAACGUCUCUAUGCAAAUCAGAUAUUAACAACCAUUGUGGUAUUUAAUACGAAAUUAAUACUAUGCUGUUCCAUUGCAUAAAUUAGAGAUAAUUUUCAGGAAAAUCUAACGAAUGUGGUAUUGAAAGAGGACCGGAUUCCAUUAUACUUAUUAAAGAAAAGCGACAAGAAUUGCAGAAGAACUACAUCUUUACUUGCCAAUUUAAAAGUUCUCUUCAGGAGUCAAGUAUAUCAAAUUACAGGUGGUACAUUGAUAACUACAAUCAAGAUGUAGGAAGAGUUAAUGAAGAGAAAAAGCGCAAAGAUUUCGUUCAAAUAACGUAUGAUAAACGAAACAAAAGGUGUGAUUAUGUUUAAAGCUAUUAGUAUAAUUGGCAUAAUUCAACAUUUAAAUAUAUAUAUACCUAAUUGCAAUUUGUGACUAAUUUUCUAUCACUUGAAGAUCGACACUCCUUUUUCAUCUAUUACUCAAUGAAACGACUCCUGAGAUUGUUUAUCACGCUAAAGUAAUUUGUGCAAAGCGAGAAAAUAGCAGGAUAACAGAAGAGACAGACGCUAGAUUAUUCCUUCAUAUAUACUCAGGUUGGAUACUAUUUAUUUUCAAACAAGCAUAUAGAUUUUUCACUUUAAUUAGAUUCCGAUCUAUUAUUAGAUUUUAUGAACGAUGAAGGUUUGUUUAUCACUUUUCUCUUAAUUUCGUUCAUAAUUACGUUCAUAUAUCUUUUUAAAUGUUGAUUAGUAGCAAAAUAUCUUUACAUUUAUUGAAGGUAAUCAUACAGUUAAUGGAAGUGGUACAACUAAAGUUACAACCAAUUCUGUAAGCCAAUUUAACUGGACUACCUCCUACUCUACCAUACAUUCUAAAAUACCCAAUACAACCCUUCAGCCUAGUGGAACAACUAUGAAAGUAACCCACGAUUUAGAAUCAACGGUGUCGGAGUCUGUUAGUCCUACAAUGGCUAUUACUUUACCACCACAUUCACCGGAUUCUACUGAUAUACCACCAAGAAUAGCAGAUCUAAGUAACAAAUUUUAUGAAAUCUCUUUCAAUAUGAGUUAUAAGGUAAUUUGUAAUAGCGAACAAAAGGAUAAUCUAGAAAAAGAGAUUUCUACAAUACUUAAAGGAUAUACCCUAUUCAAAGAUAAAAAAGUAUCAGUUGCUUGCACUGAAAACAGCUUCAAGUCAUCAAAUAGUUUUAUUACAUCAACAUUCUUCGUUAUUUGGUAUGCUACUGCCGGUCUAUUAAAAGAUAGCUAUGUUACUGACCAAGUUAAAAACAAUAGAUAUACUAUUGCUAAUUCAAUAUCACAAAUACGUUUGUCAAAUGAAGCUGUAAUUAAUGUGUCAGAGUUGAAAAACUCGUUGGAAACAACUCUACAGAAAAUUCCUGGUAAUGCGUGUGACGCUCGCCUCCCUAUUUGCAUAAUGGUGGAAUCUUGUAGAUUUCAUAAUAAUACCUAUAUUGAACAAUGCAUUUAUAAAUGUAACAUGUAUUGUAAUGAAAUUGGACAAACUUGUGCAAUUUUAUUCAAAAAUAACGACGCUGUAGUUUCAUGCUCAUGCAAACCCAACUAUCUGAAUAUAUUUAACAAAUGUAGAGAGUACGGAUGGUUUUUUGGAAUUUUGGGUGGUGUGGGUGGUGGUAUAAUAGUUCUUCUAUUAAUUACAGUUGUUACUCUACUAAUUGUUUUAAGAACUCGGCGGGAGAUUAAAAAACAAAAUGAUAUCAAUUUAGCUUCGAGAAAUCCUUUUGCCAGCAUUCCUACUGCACCUAAUAGCACAGACAACUGUAUCAGUGGUGUAGCGAACAUUACACCGUCUUGGGAUUCUAUACAUACAACGUCUCAACCCCGUGAUUAUACAACAUUUCAAAAUGCAACUAAAGAAGAGUGGGCGGACGAAGAUAAUAAUAAAUCAGCAACUUCUAAUCAUGGAUAUGAGAGUCUUGAUCAGGAAGCAAGGGGUGCUGUAGGUGGUGAGCCUUUAUCAGAAGCUGAUAAGGAGAAUUUACGAAAAGAGGCUUGGGACGAAGACUCGGCUACAUAUCAUAGAUCAGCGUUAAAUUCAAAUACGGCAACAUCACCGCCAAGUGAUAAACCGUUACAGUUGGAGUAUUUUUAG